GCCUUCUGUUUGUGUCCAUCUCUGUCCUCAGGCUGCAAGAAAGUCUACACCAAGUCGUCCCACCUGAAAGCCCACCUCAGGACUCACACGGGCGAGAAGCCGUACAGGUGCACGUGGGACAGCUGCGACUGGCGUUUCGCUCGUUCGGACGAGCUGACGCGUCACUUCCGGAAGCACACGGGCGCCAAACCCUUCCAGUGCGCCGUCUGCUCGCGCUCCUUCUCCCGAUCCGACCACCUCGCCCUGCACAUGAAGAGACACCAGAACUAGCAGCACGCACACACAAAGCACUCACUCCAUGUCCCACAGCAGCGAUGAUACAAGCUGCCCGAUGACGCCACAGCCGCUCCUGGUGCUGCUAUCCGGGGCUGAAACGGCCCGACGCGCGUGUUGCUCUUAACCCAAAGUGGGACAAAUCUGAGGUUGUAGAAAGUCGUAGAAAGAUAAUGGGCAGAUGAAGUCCCGGCCCCCCUAAUCUGCAUUUAUACUUGAUAUACAUUUUCUUUUGGAUGAAUAGAAGGGAGAAAAUGUUAAAACAAAAAGGAAAACAGUAGCUUAAAAAAUGUGUCUCCAGUGCAAUUGGACUCUGCAAAAAAAAAAAAACUGCAAACCCGUAAGUCCCUCUAACAUAGAACUGGCUUUGUUUUAGUAUAUUUUUCUUAUAAAGGAGAAGCUUUUGUUUGCAAAACUAGUCAAGCCAAAUCUUUGUUUAACUCCUUGGUUUGUUCAUAUAACUGGAAUAUCCAGGUUUUUUUUUUAACCAAAUCCUUUGGUUUGCACUAGAAUUGUUGUAAGUCUGAGCUUCCCGUUCUCGUCUCACUCACCACUGGAACGAUCGUUAUUAUCACUACUGGACUGCCUGGGAACGCCACACAAGUCCUCGCUGUUCAGAUAUUAAAAAUUGAAGGCAUUUAUACUCUGGAGAGAGGGAAGAUAGCGCAGGAAAAGAAAAAAAAAAAACGAGGGAGGGUUUGAGUGGAAGAGAUUUGAGUUUUUAGCGAGAGGACGUCUGAGGAACAGAGGAAGGUGGACGGCUGCUGGAGAGCAGCAAUUAGGUGGUGAAUGAUUCAUGAUGGCUUUGGAUGGAUUUCCACCCUGUGAAGUGUAAUAGAACCAGUAGAGGCGCAGAAUUCCUUCAGUUUAAACAGAAUUGACCGUGUUUCAAUUAUAAUGCUUCGAUUACUUUACAUCCAUCUCAUCCAGAUUUGUUUUAUGUUUAUUGUGUUCAAAAUGUUUUAACCAAAGCAGCAUCUUCCUCACAAAAACCUUAUUAAGUGCCUCCUUCUAUGAUUCACGUGGUUUUGUGGUAGCAGAGCUGUGAUCAAUUUAGUCCUUUUUUUAAAACACACAUGGUGCUGUUUUUUAUUUCCUAAUCUAUUGAAAUUUUUAUUUCGAUUUCUUGUUUUAAAUGACAAGGUUUACCCAUCAUUCAUUGUGAUUAUUCAUUUUGUGGGACUCUCUGUGGGGGCUUUCACUCUGUGACACAACUAACUUACAAUGGGGCUCAAUCAGUCAGUCAAACAUGGACGUAUAUUUUAUGAAAGGAUAAGAUCACAUUUUUCCAAGUCUUUCUUAAAAGAACAUUCCCACAUGGGCAUUGCAAGUUAUUUGUUGCUGCAAGUGUUCCUCAAGAUCCUUGUUUGACAUUUGACGAGGAUUCGAAGGUGUCAUAAGUCUGUAAUCCAUAAAAGUAGUAUUUAAUCAUUUAAAAAGGUAUGCAUUGUCAAAGAUUUGACUAAAAUGUUAUUUGACAGCAGAUUUGUCUUAUAUCUUGUUAUUGGAUAUUUAACCAAUAAUUUGACGAAUAAUAGUUUUUUUUUCUUUUGUAGAGGCUAAAUAUCAAGUUGUACUUCUUUUACUCUGUUAACUGGCGGAUUACAGCCAAAGCGAGUACACAACUACUGCUGUUUAUUCUCUCCAGACCAGUUGACAGAAACGCGCCUCAUUUGCAUAUCUGUUUUGCAACAUUUCAAAAAAGCAAAAAAUUUGCUUGGCAGUUGCGUGGAAACACGACUGUGUUGAUGUUGAGCUGUUGUGUGUGUUUGUGAAAGCACAAUGAGGGUGUUCAAUUUACUAAAGAGUCAAGACUGACUUUGCAAAGUAAUAAUUUGAGUUUAGUUUAACUAAGAUUCUGCACAACAUCGCCAACGGAUCUCGUCACAAUGAUAUUAGACAUGAGGAACAGUCGCAUCAAUCAAAAGCUCCGCAUGAGAAGAAUGUUUCAGGACACACUUGAGAAAAAUUCCACAUUGUCCUUUUUGAUAUACAUAUAUAUUUGAAUGUCCAUUUUGAUGGUUUGGUUUGGCCUGCACAUAUAACUGUAUUUGUUCCUUCACUGCAGGUAGCAUAAAGAUAAUAUAUCACUGUAAUGUAUCAUGGUAAAUCUGACUAUUUAUUUGAUUGUGUAGAAGUGGGGGUUGUUAGAACAGCCGCCGUUCUCCCCAGCAAAAAUGCCUUAAUGUAAAUAUAUGCACUGUAAAUACCCCCUUCCCUGCCACCCACACCCUCUCUUUUGUUAUUGUUUUGUAAACAAAAGGGCAAAACGAUAAAAAUGCUCUGCAUCCAAAAAAUAUUUGAGCCUUUUUUUCCUUUUUGGUUAUGUUUUCUUGAUGCCAUUGUUUUUAUAUACUGUCCUUCCAACUUAUUUUGUAGAUUUGUUCUUUCUUCCUAGUUAAACGUUCCAAAGACAAAAGUUGUUUUCUCUUCAACUGAGUGAAACCGAUCCCAAUAAAGUCAACUGACACUUUUACAGA